AUGAAAAUGAAUUAAACUUAAUAAUAAUUAAUCAGAAAUUAAACUCCUGAAGACCUGAUUUAAUCAUACUUAAAAAAAUAAAGAGAAAAUGAUUCAACAAAUUCUUAGAUGUAAACUUAAAUUAAAGUAAACCAUAUUUAAUAGCAUUCAAUAGAAUAAUUAAAAACAAAUUUAACAAAUCGUUAAACUUCAAAUGAAUCUAUUAUGAAGAAUGAUAGUUAAUUAGUUUACUAAUUAUUUCAACUUUAAUAAAAAGUACGAAAUUGCGAAAAAUAAUUCAUUAAAAAAGAAUUGCACUUAUAGGAAUAGAUACUUUAAGCUCAAAAAAAUUUUGAGAAAACAAUGAAUUUAAUGAAAUUGAAAUAUUAAAUGCAAAUAGAAGAUUUAAAUUCUGAAUUAAAGAUGAAAGAUGAAGAAAUCUGCAGUCUUAAUUUAUAAUUACAAUCAAAUAAUUUAAAUAAAAUAGGAGAACAAAUUUUUUCAUCAUAAUAAAAGCAAAAAUCAAUAAAUAGUGAAUAUCCAAAUUCUUAAAGUUCUAGAAAAUAUUGUUAAUUCUAAAUGCCUACUAGAUCAUUGAAUUCAAGUAGAAAAGAGGGAGUUAGCAAAUAUUAGAAGGAAUUAAAUAGGAUUAGAAUACAGACAGUUGAAUUUGCGGAGAAAUUUGAAAAUGAGAAACAUCUAAUAGAAUCAGAUAUAGCAAUAUUGAAAAAUUAAAAAUAAAUUCUUCGAAGUUACUUGAAUUAUAAUAAAAUUGAAAGUACAGAUUAAUCAAAAUAUAAGCCACCAAUAAAGCUAAAUAAUUUAGUGAUAAAUAGAUAGAAUAGUUCUUCGUUUGGAGUAAAGGAAUAUUUUUCUCGUAAGUAAUGA